CUCUUGUCGAACACGGAUGGAUUAAACCCGCGCACCAACGUCUUCCGCACUUCGGUGACCCCGGGAGGGAGAAAAGAGUAUAAAUAAUGUUUUCAGCCUGAAUUAAAGGUAUUUAUACUACAUAUUUUUCUUAAAUGUUGUUCCAGUUCAGCUCAGAAACAACCUCCAGCUUUGUGAAGGUUGUUGUCAGUGAAGUUAGUUACGAUUUUACAUGUUUUUAAUCUCUCCUCAUGAAGUCUGUCUGCAUGAUAUGAAGAAUAAAUUACUCUAAGGAGGAUUUUUAACUGUUUUCUGACCGCACAACUGAUCUAAAAAUAUUGAGAUUAUUUUUAAAAUUAAGAUCAUGUUUGGCUUUAUUUCUGAACCUGCGUUACAUUAAAUAGGAAUUUUAAAAAUGCUGUCUAUUUAUUUUUAUUCAAACCUAAAGUCAGUGAUUAAAUGUCUUUUUAACUUGAUUUCUGUUCACCUUUACCCUCAGAUGUUCUCUGCUGUGCUCAGAAGAAGUACUUUAUCAGCCCAAAAGGUAUUAACCCUUGAACAUUUUUAACUCUAAGAACUUAAAUGAUCAUUAAUUGUCAAUUUUAACCUUUUUUUCCUCAUUUAAAUCUCUCUCAGGUGUGGCAGUGGACAGGUCCUCCACAUAGAAGCUUCACCUCAGCCCUGAUUGGAGCUCAUAAUGGUGGAUCCAUCUCCAGGCAGACCUGCUGGGCCUCAACAUCACUGCCUUUACUUUCAAACAGUGAUAAUGGACGAGUGAAAUACCUUGAUGGUCUCGGGUUCAGGAGGACACAGGAUCUUGCUGCGUCAUGUUCACUGAGGAGACAACAUUUCCACUCGUCUGCUGUGAGGCUGAAAAAGCGUCCGCUGCCUGAGCCUCAACCGAGGGAACUGGACCUGCUGCGCUAUGACAUGAAGGACUUGUUGAAGGGUCCCAAACCCGCCUUGUACCUGGGGUUUGCGGGUCUGAUCCCCUUCGUUGCCCCUACUCUGUUCAUGGGUGUGAUUGAGGGUUACUCUCCAGAGCUGGCCUACGCUCAGGUGGCGUACAGCGCCUCCAUUGUUUCCUUUCUUGGCGGAGCUCGAUGGGGGUUCACUCUUCCUGAAAGCAGUCCAGCCAAACCUGACUGGAUAAACUUGGCGAACAGCGUGGUCCCCUCCCUGUUGGCCUGGGUGACCAUGCUGAUGAGCGACAAUAUUGUUACCGCAGGAACCAUGGUUAUUAUGGCGCUGGGAGUCUCCCUGCACUACGAUCUGUCUCUGCUGCCCACCUACCCCAGCUGGUUCAAAGCUCUGCGAGCCGUCCUGACCAUAGUGGCGUUUUUCUCUCUCAUUGGCACUUUGAUCAUUUAUAAUUGGUUCCCAGAAAAGAAGAUAUUCUCAGAUUGAAUGUCAAAGAUAUUAAAAUGAUGUAUAAAGACUACAAAGUAUUGUUGUAUGUAAAGUUUGGAGUAUACUGCCCCUCAUGGAGGUUAGGAAUUGUCGAGUUAUGUUCAGGAUUUUAUAGGUGAUGCCAAAAAACAGCCUCUAAAGUCAAAUCGUUAAGUCCAAUGUGUUAAAUUUCAUAAUGAAAUUUAAUAGAAAUAAAACAGUUUCCAUCAAUCUGGACUUUGUAAAGUUAAUUUUGUUUUUGAAAAGCCUUUGGUCAGAAAUGUAAUGGUUUAGUUUGCAAUCUUUAUUUACACUAUCAUGCACUAAGGCAGGGGUGUCAGACUCAAGCACAGCAAGGGCCAUAAUCUGGAUUAAGGUCUAACCUGAGGGCCAAACAGGGUCAACAACAUUUCACCAAAACCGUCAACAUCCUUUCAAAAAAAUAUGCAAAACAAAAACAGCAAUGAUUAUAAGUCAUUUGGAAAUUCAAAAAAGAUAAAAAGAUAAGUUUAAAGGCAUGACAUCUCUAUUUAAAUUAUUGGUUCAAAAGAUAAGAGCAUGAUAUUAAAAAUAGAAAAAUAAUGCUUUUAAAGAAUACUUGAGGUGAACGUUGAAAUCAGGUUUAAAAGGUCAAAAUAGGACUUAAAAUUGGAAUUUAAAGUAUAAAAAUGACAUAAAUCUAUAUACUGAGUCGAACAAAAUCAAAGCAUGAAAUAAAAAAUCCAAUCAAGUUUGACUUGUAAUCUUGAAAUGCAAAAUUAAAAACAUGAAAUAAAACACCAAAUAUUUUUUCCCCACAUUCAUGACUAUUUAUCGAAUCUUCCUGACUCUUUAAUUUCAUAGAUUUUCGUGGUUUAUUAAGGACAUUUUAAAUAAUGAUGCUCAAGUUUACAUUAUUAUACUGGAGGAAAUCUGCAGACUUCAUACUGGUGGGCCAAUAAUAAUACAAAUAUAUGAUCUUGUGGGCCAGAUUUGGCCCCCGGGCCUUGAGUUUGACACCUGUGCACUAAGGCCUUGUUUGCAUGUGGUUUUAAAAACUGGAACAAAGGUGGGAAGUCUCAGCCAUAGGUGUGAACCAGAAGUGUGUAGGGUGGAUUAACACCCAACCUCUGAGGCGACACGGGUCCAGUUUACACUCAGGAUUAACAUCAGAUAUGGAUGGUUUGAUCACAGGUGUCUAGCUUUCACUUCAGGUGUGAACACUUACCACUCAACCCAUAAUAAAGAGGUUGUUAUUUAAUGUAA